CCCAUACCGGCAACUGGACUGACAAAGAAAAAAAAAAAAAAAAGGCUAUACGCCAAACACGCCACAAAAGCCGACGAAGCAAAGCUGUUCCAUAUGAACGAGCACUCGCCCGUCAACUUUGCGCCGCCCGACAAUGUGACCGGACGCAAUUCCGAUCCGAACAGCUCCAUGCCCGGAAGCCAUGAUGCCGGCGGCCUGUCUCCGGCCGUUGUCGAGUCGAUUGCUGGGCUCAGCGCGGGCUCGAUUGCGACGUUAGUGGUGCACCCGCUGGACAUUGUCAAGACGCGCAUGCAGAUCAGCACCAGCGCCGCCUCCGCCGCCUCCCACCACCUCUCCAUGGUCGCCAUGCUCCGAUCCCUCUCCAGCAACCCGCGGCCCUUCGCCUCCCUCUACCGCGGCCUCGUCCCCAAUCUGUCCGGCAACGCCCUCAGCUGGGCCUCCUUCUUCUUCUUCAAGACCCGCUUCGAAGACCUCCUCACCUUCGCCCGCGGCUCCGACCGCCCCACGCCCUCCGACUACUUCGUCGCCAGCGCCCUCGGCGGCGCCGCCACCAGCUUCCUCUCCAACCCCAUCUGGGUCGUCAAGACGCGCAUGCUCGCCUCCGACAAGGGCGCAAAGGGCGCCUACCCUUCCAUGUGGUCCGGCUUCAGGACAAUCUAUGCCACCGAGGGCUUCCGCGGCCUGUACCGCGGCCUCGGCGUCUCCAUGAUCGGCGUCUCCCACGGCGCCGUCCAGUUCGCCGUCUACGAGCCGGCCAAGCGCUUCUACUUUGCGCGCCGCCAGAGCCAGGGCAUCGACACCGGCCGCAUGACGACCGAGGCCACCGUCGUCAUCUCCUCGGCCGCCAAGCUCAUCGCCGGCGCCGUCACGUACCCGUACCAGGUGCUCCGGAGCCGCCUGCAGGUCUUCCACGCCGACGAGAAGUUUGGCAAGGGCUUCAGGGGCGUCGUGAGGAUGACGUGGAGGGAGGAGGGCAUUCGGGGCUUCUACCGCGGCUUGAUACCGGGUGUCGUCCGAGUCAUGCCCUCGACUUGGGUCACGUUUCUGGUGUACGAGAAUGUGCGUUACUAUCUGCCUCGCUGGACGUCGUAAUCAAGUCGAUUCGAUGUAGAUGAGCGUCUCCGGGUCGUUUUUGGUUUCUUCAUAUUGCUUCUUUUUCGAUCUUGGUUUCUCGGCGGCAAGCAGUUUCUGGUAAAUCAGCAUUUGUCUAUACGAGGAGCAUAAUUCGGCGUUCUGAGAGAGGGGGCAAUCACAUAUAGAGCGGACAGGUUGGGAAGAUAGAUAGAUGCCGUCACUAAAAUAGCCGUCAAUUACGGAAUAGAUGAUUCUUUUUUUCCCCUUUUC